GUCCAUUGGGCUUUUUUUGUUGCAUCUCGGAUGUGGCAACUCUAUCAGUCAAAUGCAAUCAAUCCAAGAGAAGGUGUCAACAGUGGCCAAUUCUGGAGCAGUGUCAUCAGUGAUCAAUUCUAGAGCAGGUGUGGGGGGCUGUCAAAGACCAAGUGUCAUCAGUGGCCAAUCCUAGAGCAAUCAUGAUCAGUGACUCAGUUCCAAAAUAUAAUGGGAGGACACAAUGAGAGCGAACUUUUCACUGAUAACUACUGCAGGGUUUGCUGUGCCAUGUUAAUCUCAGAAGUCCAAAGGACCACACAUUAUGAGAGCAAAAAACAUGCUAACAAGGUGCGGCUUUAUUUUCAAAUCCACAAAGAAGAAGAUGGAGCACCAUAUAAGAAGUUAAAAACUGAUGUGGUUGGCUUCCAGGAUGCUGGAACUGGAGAAGUGGACAAGAAUAAACUUUGCACUCUCUGCAACAUGGUCUUCACCUCUGCCAUUGUGGCUCAGUCCCAUUACCAAGGCAAGGUCCACGCCAAGCGGCUGAAGCAGCUUGCUGGAGAGCAGCCCUCUGUCACUCAAGCACAGACUGCAUCUACAGAUGUGGCAAGUGUACAAUCAGAAGGAAACAGUAUUGCACAGGGUUCCCAGCCUGACAGCAGCAAGCAGGACCUGGUCUCCGAAGCCCCAGCGGUGGCCUCCAUGGCGCUGGAUCUGGAAGAUCCAAACAAGUUCUGCAAGCUUUGCAGCGCCUCCUUCAACAACCCUCUGAUGGCCCAGCAGCACUACAAUGGCAAGAAGCACAAGAAGAAUGAUGCAAGGAGGCAACUCCUGGAGGAUAUGGGGAAGGAGGCAGAUCCUGUUGAAACCAAUGUAGGAACAGGUGACUAUCCAUGUGCUAUCUGCAAUAUUACACUUAACUCCAUUGAACAGUACCAGUCACACCAGCAAGGAUAUAAACAUCAGCUCAAAGAAAACAAGGUUGCUGAUCUUGUACUGAAUACAAAGUCAAAGAAGUACGAUUCCUUCCAGGACGAACUUGACGACUUCAUAAAAGUUCAGAGAGCGCGAGGCCUUGCUCCAAAGACAUACUUCAGAAAAUCUGAGGAAAGGUCGGAAGAGGAAAUUGAGGACUUACCUAUAGUCAGACCUCCCCCUUCUCCUCCUGCUCCUGUCCCUAUUCCCACUCCUGGUUUGGAAUAUAUUGCUCAAAGCAGAGAAACUACCCCUGGGUUGAACCCAUGCACUUUCCCAGAGGAAUGUGAUUUCCAAAUGCAAGUACAUGAUCAUACACCCAAGUGGGCGUCUUUGGAAAUUGACAGUACAAAGACCACCUAUAUGCAAACCAAUGACUUACAAAUGGAAUAUUACACAGAAAGACAACCUCCAAUGAUGGCCAGUUACCCAGAAGACAGCCGAGGUCCCUCCAGUGUGGAAUCAGCUGAUGAUCACAGACCAAUGACCUCGGAUGACAGCAGCAGUUCCUCCAAAAAAGACAAAAGAAGGAGAAAGAGGAAACACGGACGGGAACGAAGAGACCCGGAAGAGACUGAAUCUGAAAGAGAUGAGGAAUGUCAGGUCUACAGGAAGGAGAGCAACCAGGAAGAGGUGGAACGGGUUCAAAGUGAAGAUCAGCAAAAGCAUAAAGCGGAGAAAAGAGAUAAAGAGGAGUUGGAAUCAGGAAAAGAAGAAAAGUUAAAACAUGGAAAGAAAGAGAGAAAGGUGAAAGAGGAUCCAUGCAUAGAAAAAGAGGACGCAAAACCGAAACAUAAAAAGGAGAAAAAGAAGAGGGAGGAGGUAGAUACGAGAACAGAAGAGGAAAAGCUUUGGGAUGAAUCUAUCUUAGGAAUUUGAUGGCGACAACUACUUUGUCGGACUAAGUCCUAACCAAUGGGCUUUGUUUCUGCUGAGAAUAAAAGUGUACGUUUAUUAACGAAUGUGUUGAAAGAUCUUUUUAUUUUUGAUGUUUUUUUCCCGCAAUGGUGAAUCAACAUUGUGAGAGUAACAUCUGUGUGUUUGUUGCCUCUGGGCUCUGUUUGUUGAACUUUGAUGAUUUUUGUCCCAUUUGAAAUGAGCCAUGACCUCAUUUGUGGAAUG